AUGAGUCUUGAUCUUCAAGGUAUGUUUAAUCCGUUCGCAUCGUUUGGAAAAAAUGAUCACGCUCGAAUUCUCAUGCUCGGCCUCGAUGGAGCAGGUAAAACAACCAUUCUCUAUCGAAGCAAACUGAACGAAACGAUAAAUACUGAGCCAACGAAUGGGUUUAAAAUCGAAAUUAUCAAUCCUUGUCCUGGGAUGUUCUUCACUGUAUGGGAUAUCGGUGGAGAGAAGAAACAUCGCUAUCUUUGGCAUUAUUAUCAUCCGGGAAUGGAAGGUCUGAUAUUCGUUAUCGAUAGUACUGAUCGCGAGCGAAUCGACGAAGUUCGAGAAGAAUUUCACAACAUUCUCACAUUUCCUUACAUGACCAAUGUACCUGUUUUGAUCAUCGCUAACAAACGCGAUCUGCCUAAUGCGAUGGAUCGAUGGGAACUAAUCGAUAAAUUAGGCAUGAAGAAUAUUUCUACUCAACACAAAUGGUACCUUCGAUCGGUGUGUGCAAGAACGGGCGAGGGCUUAGACGAAGCAAUGCUGGUGAUGGCUAAUUUAAUAAAACAAAAUCGCAAGGAAAACAAAUGA